AAAACCCUACUUCACAUAUCCUCGUAUCUCUUUCUCUCUCAUCGACAGAGUUCUUCCUCCUCUUCUUCUCCUUUUUCCUCCGCCGAUCGAGGAUCCAAAGAGAAUCAGCAGCAGUUCGUUAGGUAUAGGGAUUGGCGCCCUCUCCUCUCCGAUCCAUUUCAUUCCCUUCUCUUCUCUUCUGUUUACUGAUCUCCCAGCGCACACCACAUGUGACUCGGAGAAAGACGAGCCCCGGAAGCGGGAGGAAAAAAGCGAGUCAACUCGGAAGCAACAGCAGCAGCAGCAGCGCCAGCCGAUGCAUGCACACGGCUCGAGAUCACGUCCUCAUAUGAACAACGCGACAGCACAAUUAUUAUCCAGAAUCCAACGCGCUAAUAAGGAAGAAACGAAUCCGAAUUAAUUAAUUCACGUAUUCAAUUCUUCUUCUCCGACGUGAAGUGAAAGAGAAGGCGGAAAGUGGGGGUCGGUCACGCAAAAGCACCGGGUUUUCCGGUCAAAAGGACAGCCCAACCCACGGCCGGAUCGACACCACGUAGACGCUAGCUGAUGAGUUCGGAGGAUCGGUGAGACUUUUUCUUCCCUUUCAUUUUUUUUAAAAAAAAAACAAAAAUUAAUCUCAACUUUCAAUUCCCCUGUUCAUGCCAUCGUUUUCUACAUUGGGAGCAAUGAUGAGACAAGUGACGGACUUUACUCUCUUUCGCAAUUCCAUGGAGGAGUUGAGGGGAGCCGCUGGGGCUGGGCCGCAAUAAAUGGCGGAGUCGAGGCCGCUGCCAUAGCCGUCUCCAUGGCGGCGUUGCAGAAGACUCUGUUUUCGGAAUUCAAUACGAGCACGAGAAGUUAGAGAGAGAGAGAGAGAGAGAGAGAGAGAGAGGAGUUGCCCACUCGCCCUGCUGCUGCUUUCUUCUGCUGCUGUGCUUACUUCUGCUGCUUGCAGUUGCAGCGGCGGUGGCAGGAAGAAAUCAGGAGGAGAAAAAAAAAUACGGCGGAGGCAGUGGCGGAGAUCAUUAAUUAUUCCGAGGAGAUGCGUUUUCAGUCGGUUUUAUUUUGAUCUGUUGAAGUCUCUAGAGGCGAAGAUUAGCUUCGUAGGGAGCAGAUUAGGAAGAGGGUUGGAUGGAUUGGGUGGUGUAAUUAAGGCGGCGGAGUUGUAGAUAUGGCAGGAUUUUUCCUCGGAAGCGGCAGCGACAGCGGCGGCGGCUGCCAGCCACCGCGCGGAGAGUUAGGUUCAGCCGGCGCCGCGGGGGUGCCAGCUUCUGAGGGCGGUUUCUUUCUUUAUACUACCGGCCGCGGCGACCCGACCGCGUACGGCGCACGAGGAUUCGAGCUGUGGCAGCAGCACCACCCCCACCCCCAGCUUUACUCUGGCGGCGCGUUCCCGCACGUCGGAGCGGCGCAGCCACAGCAGGCGGGCCGCGGAGGCGGCCUCGGCGGUGGGUUGAGCUGCCAGGACUGCGGCAACCAGGCGAAGAAGGACUGCGUGCACCUCCGGUGCCGCACCUGUUGCAAGAGCCGCGGCUUCCCCUGCCCCACCCACGUAAAGAGCACCUGGGUCCCCGCCGCCAGGCGCCGGGAGCGCCAGCAGCAGCUCGCCUCCGCCGCCGCCGCCGCCGCGGAACACCGAUCGCGCCGCGGCGCCUCCGUUGCCGGCAGCGACAGCGCCACCGCCUCCGGCGAGACUUCCAAGCGGCCGCGAGAAAUCGUCACCUGCCUCCGGCCCACCACCGCCACCGCCACCGCCACCACGUUUGCGGAAGCGGCGACCUUCCCGCCGGAAGUUUCCGCGCCGGCGGUGUUCCGCUGCGUGCGGGUGAGCCACGUUGACGACGGCGAUGACGUGUUCGCCUACCAGACCGCCAUCAGCAUCGGCGGCCACGUCUUCAAAGGCCUCCUCUACGACCACGGUGCCUCGGCGGCGGAGCCGCAAGACUUCCCCCUCGCCUUCUCCACCUCCCCCACCGCAACCAUCGCCGGCGCCGGACACCCACCCAUCAACACCCCUACAACCGCGCCCUCCGAUCGGCCUCUCGAUCCCUACCCGACCGCCUUCAUGGCCGGCGCUCAAUUCUUCCCCCACCAAAACAGACCUUGACUGCAUCAUCUUCUCCAAUUCUAGCUAGCUCCAUGGAAUUAAGCUGAAGAAGAAAGAGAAGGGAGGAAGGUAUAUGUAUCAGCACUUAAUACCGAGAUUAAUCUUUAAUUAUAAAUUAUUAUUAUUUGUGUACUCAAUUAAUUAUUUAUAGACUAGCACUGUGAAUGCAUGCAUUACAAACUGUUCAGUUUCUUUUCCAA